AUGCAAUCCCUUUUACGAGAGGGACUUAAAGCAUGCAGGCCGGUGACAUUGAACAUUCAGCAGGCUCGAAGUGUUGUUUUUGUUAGAGGAGAAAGAGUGAGGGGUCUGAUUAGAGACCCGGAGGAUAUAUUGACAUCAAAUGGUCGUAGAUAUGGACUUAACGAUGCCAAUUUGAAACCCCUGAAACAAUUUCUUGGGGACGAAUAUAAACUCACGGAUAAAAUGAUUCUUCAAGUAAUAACGCACAAGUCCUUUGCUCAUGGAACGAGGCCUUACAACGAGAAACUUUCAAUUUUAGGGGAGGAAUUGCUUCGACUAGCAGCCUCCAAGUAUGCAUUGGCCAAGGGGGUUGUAAAUGGGGAUGCUAGUGACUAUAAGUUCAGUGUGGGUGACAUUAACUUUGAUUGUCUGGGAUCUUUGACCCAUAGGCUUAUAGUGACAAAUCGUUUACUGAGUGAGUAUGCGGAAAGUCAAGGUAUCGAUAAGGUCUUUUUCUGCAAAGUGGCGCUUCCUCGUAAUUAUAGCCAGGACCAGGCCAAAGAUUAUAAGCCAAAGGCCAUGUAUUCUACUAUUACAUCAUCUUUGGUGGGUGCAAUCGCUAUACAGCGUGGGAAAAACACUGCCGAGAAAUUUGUUCAGGAGAAGGUUUUAGCGGGAAUAUUACCAGCGAUUAAUGAAAGGAAGUAA